AAGCUUGUGUGCACUACUCUGCUUUCGCUCCGAUGACAUGUGCUAGUUCGUGCUGCACCUGAUGACUAUUUCGAGUAGUGUGCAUUAGAUAUAUCUUCACCUCUCUCUGCAUUAUUUUGCGAGGCUGGCUUAGAAGCCGCUUCAACCUGCUCCCUAAGCUUAUUCCCUUUUCAAAUCAGGGAACCAUGGCAUCCACACCUACCCAUUGGAAACUCAUCUGCGUGCCAGCAGAGACAAUUGAUCUUCAACGGCUUACGGAAGAGUCGAACUCGCGGAUCUGCAUUGUUCAGGAAUUUGAUGACAAUGGCAAAGCUUUCGAAGUGGCUGUCGAUCCAUCUUACCUGUCCGAGGUCCAGGAGCUUCAAUCGCAGGAAAAUCCUCCUUACAAUCCUACACACCCGAGAGAGGUUGAGAAAGACAUUCUUGGUAUCUGUCAAGCGAACAGGAAAGCUCGCGAGCGCUGGCUCCAACGGGCUGUCGAUGUAAUCUUCUCCGAGCAUCGCCACGAAAUCAAGGAAGCCUAUCGCAAUCUUACUCAGCUCCUUGGUUUACAGAGAGAACUUGACAGAAAGAUACUAAUCCAGGAUAUAUCGGACUCUCUGGCUUCCGUCCGUCGAAAAUUGGCAAGAAAUCUUGUAUUCUUGUUUCUGAAUCUAGAAGCAGACCAUAUGUCUGCAGAUGCCCAAAUUUUCCUCGCAAGCAACGAGGAGGAGCUAAUUGACAGUCUCAAGUUUGGACUAAAACCUCCAAUACCUUUCAAUCAUGACGAAUGCCAGAUAACAUCACUUUUCCGGGCUCUACUAGAGCUAUCCGGUGGGAGAGUCGACUUCCUCCAGCAUAAUUUCGCAGAAAACUACACAGCAAAGCAAAACUGUGAGCUCUGCGCUAGGAUUUUUGACAUCAGCGACAUCAAAAAAUUCGGAGAAUUUGAUGUACGAGAGAUUUCCAGUUCACUCUCGAAGUCUCCUCUUUUCAUUGGGGAGACACUGAGUGCCGAAGGACUGGGACAAUGGGCAGCGAUAAUGAAGAGUUCCUUCCAAAUCGGAUUUCCCCCAGGACACUUGAAUCUUCCGUCACAAAUAUUGAGCGGAUUUGGUGUUGGUCAGAUCAAAAUGUUUGAAACUAUCCUGAUAGAUACUUAUCAAAAUCUUCCACCACUGAACAAGCCAGCAAAUAACACUCUCCUUCUUUUGACCUGGAGCACUUCCGUCUCUCAGUGGAGUGAACAUGGUCCCAAUGGUCCACUCAAAGUUCUCGCGAACUGGGCAAAGUCAGAAGAAGGCUGGAAUCUAUAUGUGCGAGUGGCUGAAGAAUUCCAAGGCCAUCAAACCGUAGAGCAACUCACUUUGACUAUGUCUGCACUAUUGAGCUAUCGAAGACUUUAUCCUGAUUUUCUGGAUUACUCCGAGCAACCAAUCACAGCUAACUAUAUAGCUGACCUCGACGCACUUUUACAUGGGACGUCGAUCGGAAACAGCGGAAGAGUCGCUGAACGACUGUUGUUUGCUUUGGCAAGGCAACUUCAAUCCAUGGGAGAAGAUUUUGGUGAUAUCCGACAGUUCCUCGAGACAAUCCUUGAUCGGGAGCCGCCUCAGCGGCAUAUCUUUGACGCACUAUCGGAUGAAUACGUGCGUUUAAGAAUGAGCGGUCGAUCUCACGAGACUACGAUGAUAGAAUUGACGCAUGGCAUAUCGGCGGAACUGAGAUGAGAGCUGAUAAUACUUCUGGCACAAUGGAUGAGGAGGAGUUAUCGAUUCAGACCCUUCAACGUUCAAGGGCCAUCAGAGCGUGGAUAAGCUUUAAGAAUACACGCAUAUCGGGGAAAGUGAUACUGUGUAAUGAUGACAAUUCUUCAUGGCCCAUCGCGCAUGAAGCAAGCGGUUUGAGUCCUGGAUGUAGAUUAGCUAGCAGGCUGCGUUGCUGCAUUUUAGGAGGGAUAUUCUAGCUCAGGCUAAUUUUCAAUAUGACUGAAGGACGAGUGUUGCACUGA